AUGGAUCCCGAAUGUGAGGCCUCAGGUGGGGAUGGGGCCCAUGAGUUUGGGUGGAUCAAGAAGGAGAAGGGGAGCAUGCUGAAGGACCUGUGGGGGAUGCUGUUAGAGCUGGACAACGUCAGCUUCUCCUUCAGCCAGCUGGACAAGAACUUCGUAGCCAACGCCAACAUCUUCUACCACCUCCAGGGCAGCAGGCAGGCUCUGAGGGUGGUCUUCUACCUGGACAGCUUCCACUUAUCCAGGUUGCCGUCCUGCUUGGAGAGCAGGGCUAGCCUCCAGCUGCACACUGUGCUCUUCACCAAGGAUCUAGACAAUGUGGAGGGGCAUCCACCUCCAGGCAGCCAGGUGGUGGAGGACAUGGAGCAGGAGAUCAAUGCCCAGUCACUAGACAAGGUGCAGCAGUACUGCUGCAAGCUCAGGGCAUUUUACCUGGAACGGUCCAACCUGCCCACCGAUGCCAGCACCACAGUGGUCAAGAUCGACCAGCUGAUCCAGCCUAUCAAUGCCUUGAACGAGCUCUGCCACAUCAUGCAGUCCCUGGUGCACCCCCGGCCCAGUGCCAGUGGCAGCCCAGGCACCAGCCUCAUCCCCAUCUCCUCGGAGAUCUGCUGCCUCCUGGGGGCCUGCCAGAUUGCCAAGUGCGGCACAGGCAUGCAGCUGAGAACGCUGAGUGUCUCAGCAGAGCAGGUGGCCAUCCUAGCAUGGAGCCAUGGGCUGCUGCCCAAGUGCAUCAUGCAGGCCACGGACAUCAUGUGCAAGCAGGGCCACAGAGUGAAGAUUCUGGCCAAAACCCUCUGCAUCAAAGACCUUAUGCCCUGGGGGUCACCCAGCCUCUACCACCUCUGCCAGCCUCCAGUGGAUGUUCCACUUGCUCAGCCACAGCCUCUGCAGCUGCCACAAGGGCGGGGCCAGCGGCCUGCCACCCUCACGGUGGACCUGGCACCCACAGAGCCCACAGCCCUUGGACAUUGGCACCUGGGGAUACCAUGGCCUUCACUCACUGCCCCAGGCUGCCCAUCCCCUACCAUGGAGAUGGAGGACAGGACAGAUGAGGCUCUGCCCAUCGAAGAUGGCCGGAGACAGAGGUACCAGCCCCUGACUGAGGAGUCGGAGGUGUCCACUCUGCAGAACCUGGGAUGGCCCUGGCUGGCUUGGGAGGUCGUGGCCACCAAUCCCAGUGGCAGCCGUGACAGUAAUAGCCCCAGUUACUCCAUGACCCUGUGGCUCCAGGGGACAUCAGAUUCUGUGAUUGACGGUGACCUUUUAUUUGACUGCUGGAAAUGA